AUGAAAUCAACGCCCCUUACUUUCGCGGUUAAAGGGGGACAUGCAGAUGCUGUGGAGAUUCUCUUGGAUCGAGGUGCCAAAAUAGAGGUGGGCAAUAGCAGUCUACCUCACCCCUUAGAGGUUUCAGCGUCAGGAGGCUUCGAGCCCAUCAUUGACAUCCUUCUCAAGAAGGGUGUGAACGUGAGAAUGGCUGGUCAAACAGGACGCACUCCUUUGCUUCAUGCGGUGAUGGAAGGCAAAUGGCAUGUCACCGAGACUCUUUUGAAGAAUGGAGCUGGCUGUGAUCUUGUACCAGGCUCGAAGUUCUCCCCUUUAUAUGUCGCUAUCCGCACAGGACAAGCCGCGAUGGUGGAACUGUUGGCCAAGUAUGGUGCAGACAUCGACCACUUGGAAGACACUGACCAGACCCCACUCAUUGUCGCAGCUCAGUCAGGCAAGGAUAUUGUGGUUCAGUCUCUUAUUGAUAUGGGUGCCGACCUGGAUGGUAAAGACAACAAAGGCCGGACAGCUCUGUCAUAUGCCAAGGAAAAGGGCCGACAGUCCACCGUCAAGCUUCUGCUUGAGGCCCAGAAGUUGCGUCGUGAUGUCCAGUAUCUGAAGAUCGCCGAGAAACAACGGAAAGACCCCAAGACGUCCUUUGAGUAUCGGCCUCUCCCACAAGGAUUCAUCAGGGUAUUAGAACUUCAACCAGGGCAAAAAGGAAAUGUUGUCUGCUUUUCACUGAUCCAAGUGGUAUGCCUAGUUCCCUCCCUCUCGUCAACUAUGAAUACUUUUUAA